UAUAGGUAAAUGACUGAAAUGGCCGCGAGGUGGAAACGUUGUCCCGCGAAUCGAAAUAAACAAUACUUGCUGUACGAUGGUAGGAAUAAACAUAAAUAGAUUUUUACACUUGUGCAGGCUGAUCGUCCGCAAUCUCACAUACACAAUAAUUCGUUUGAUACAGUCGUAUAUCAAAACACUAGUGAAUGACUGGCACAAGAAGCAUAAAUCUGUUAAAAUCGUGCAUCGCAGCGAGAACUUUUUGAUAGUCAAUAAACCCUACGAUAUGUACAUAAAUAGCGAUAAUCCCGACAGGAAGAAUACUCUUCAAACAGAACUGCGAGAAAUGCUACCUGACUUGGUUAAUCCGAGAUUGUGCCAUGAAUUUCACUUUGUGCACCGACUGGAUUAUCCUACGAGCGGCGUCAUGUGCAUAGCAUUAAAUAAAAGGGCGGCCAGAGCAGCGUCAUCCGCUUUUGAAAAUCAUAAAGUACAAAAAUUCUAUUUAGCAUUGGUACACGGUCACAUACAUGAAUCUCACAUUGUAAUCGACAAACCUAUUGGUGCCGAUGUUCGAGAAAAAACUGGCAAUCAUAAGAUGUGUACGAGCGACAGUAUCUUUUGUGAUAAGCCUCGUAAGUCCUAUACGAUGCUAAUAGUAUUGGAACAUGGAUUUUGGAGAGGCAAACCUGCUACUAAAAUCUUGUUAGCACCUGACACAGGUAGACGACACCAAUUGAGAGUACAUUGCCAUCAUAUCGGUCAUACCGUCAUAGGGGACUAUACAUACAGCGAAGGCAAAGAUAUAGAACCUUGCAGAACCUAUCUUCAUGCCCUUAGGUUAAUAUUAAACUGUGAUAUCGAAAAUAUAGAUGUAAAAACAGCUGAUCCAUUUGAUGCUUCCAUAUUAUCUGACUAUAAAGUGACGAAUGUAAUAAAAAUCUUGGACGAAAAUAUAUUCCGGGAUAUAUAUAAAUUAAUGGAAUAAAAUUAAGAUAUUUUUGUUAUAUAUCAACAUACAGAUUUAUUCAAUCGCCUUGACUCCAGAUUCGU